AUGCCCUCUGCGCGCCUGGCUCUGGCCACGUGGCUGCGCUGCCGGCCCCUCCCCUGGGAAGAGACCCGUAUUCCCCAGACAACACGCCACACGGCCCGCAGCCCCUCUGGAUCUCUAGGCACGCGGGACCGUUUCCGAUUGGCUCCCAGACCCCUGCAUUGGCCAGGGUCUACAGAAGCGCAGGCCCCCCCAACCCGGCGCAGUACUCACCCGGCCACCUCGGGGUCCCUGGAAGGCCCCGUGGACGUGGCGCGGAGAUCAUCACUGCGCCAGCAGGGCAGCAGCCGGCGCCAGCCAAGCGACCCGCAGGCCCAGGAGCCACAGGCUCCUGCUGCCCCUGCCACCGCCCCCAGCAGGCCCAAGCGGGGCCCUGGACCUACUCCACAGGACAGUGCAGCCACACUGCACUGGGGGCCGGGCCUGUGCUGGGUACUGGACACCCUCCCCAUCACCACUCACUGCGUCCACCCUGCCACGGCCACUCAGCAGCCGUCCACCCCGCCACGGCCACUCACAGCUGCGUUCACCCCGCCACGGCCCACUCAACCUAAGAGACUACCGCCUCCCCACGGCCCACACCCCUCGGCCCACGGCCCACACCCCACACCCCACAGCCCACACCCCAUGACCCACGGCCCACGGCCCACGGCCCACAGCCCACGGCCCAUGGCCCAUACCCCACACACCCCACAGCCCACGGCCCACGGCCCACAGCCCACGGCCCAUGGCCCAUACCACACACACCCCACAGCCCAUAGCCCACACCCCACAGCCCACGGCCCACAGCCCACGGCUCACGGCCCACACCCCACGGCCCACGGCCCACAGCCCACGGCCCACAGCCCACACCCCACAGCCCACACCCCACGGCCCAUGGCCCAUACCCCACACACCCCACAGCCCACAGCCCACGGCCCACACCCCACAGCCCACACCCCAUACCCCACGGCCCACACCCCACAGCCCACGGCCCACAGCCCACAGCCCACGGCCCACAGCCCACACCCCACAGCCCACGGCCCACAGCCCACAGCCCACAGCCCACAGCCCACGGCCCACAGCCCACACCCCACAGCCCACAGCCCACGGCCCACAGCCCACACCCCACAGCCCACACCCCACACCCCACAGCCCACGGCCCACAGCCCACACCCCACACCCCACAGCCCACAGCCCACAGCCCACAGCCCACGGCCCACAGCCCACACCCCACAGCCCACGGCCCACAGCCCACAGCCCACAGCCCACAGCCCACACCCCACGGCCCACGGCCCACAGCCCACACCCCACAGCCCACAGCCCACACCCCACAGCCCACGGCCCACAGCCCACGGCCCACAGCCCACACCCCACACCCCACGGCCCACAGCCCACACCCCACAGCCCACAGCCCACACCCCACGGCCCACGGCCCACACCCCACACCCCACGGCCCACAGCCCACACCCCACAGCCCAUAGCCCACACCCCAUGGCCCACAGCCCAUACCCCACGGCCCACAGCCCACAGCCCACGGCCCACAGCCCACAGCCCACGGCCCACAGCCCACACCCCACAGCCCACGGCCCACAGCCCACAGCCCACACCCCACAGCCCACGGCCCACAGCCCACACACUCCACAGCCCAUAGCCCACGGCCCACAGCCCACACCCCACGGCCCACACCCCAUGGCCCACGGCCCAUACCCCACACACCCCACAGCCCACAGCCCAUGGCCCACAGCCCACACCCCACAGCCCACGGCCCACAGCCCACACCCCACAGCCCACGGCCCACACCCCACGGUCCACGGCCCACACCCCACACCCCACGGCCCACAGCCCACACCCCACAGCCCACAGCCCACACCCCACAGCCCACGGCCCACGGCCCACAGCCCACGGCCCACGGCCCACGGCCCACAGCCCACGGCCCACGGCCCACAGCCCACAGCCCACACCCCACAGCCCACAGCCCAUGGCCCACAGCCCACACCCCACGGCCCACGGCCCACACCCCACAGCCCACGGCCCAUACCCCACACACCCCACAGCCCACAGCCCACACCCCACAGCCCACAGCCCACAGCCCACACCCCACAGCCCACGGCCCAUACCCCACACACUCCACAGCCCACAGCCCACGGCCCACAGCCCACACCCUACGGCCCACACCCCAUGGCCCACGGCCCACACCCCACACACCCCACAGCCCACAGCCCACAGCCCACAGCCCACGGCCCACAGCCCACACCCCACAGCCCACACCUCACACACCCCACACCCCACAGCCCACGGCCCACAGCCCACACCCCACAGCCCACACCCCACACACCCCACACCCCACGGCCCACGGCCCACAGCCCACACCCCAUAGCCCACAGCCCACACCCCACACCCCACAGCCCACAGCACAUGGCCCACACCACUGCUCCAACACCACUUGAGGCUGAGGAGAGCCUGCACGGGUGA